AUGCAUAAAUCAUCAUCUACGCAAUCCCUCUCAUCUUCUUCAUCAACACCAUCUCCUCAAAUGGUGGCCACCACUUCCUCUUCAUCAAGAUCGGAAUCACCAAGAGGAUCUGCAAGUAAAUUACUGAGUCAAACAUUGUACGAUUUUAGUAGUGGAGUGGGUCUUCAAUUGAAAAAUCUUGUCAUUACUUUGGAUAAGAAUAAUUAUCGUGGAAAUGUUUCGGAAAUUGAAAAGAUUCUUAAACAAUAUGGAUUUGAAGCUUAUAGAACCUUUCUUACCAUUCUGUUGACAUCACUCAAUUUCUACAACAUUACCCAAAAAGACAAACCAAAACUUCAAUUACUUAGUCAGGAGUUUGCUAAAUUAACAACCCAGACAAACUUUUCUUCCAUCAUCUUGAAAGCCUUCUCCGAAGGUGUAACAGAGAAUGGAUUAAAAGUGGAAUUUAUUUCACAAUUUUCCAGAACACUCAACCUUCCUCUUUCACAACAGGUCUUGUUGGGUAUUGCCCUGGCUGAAUCACAUUCACCAAAUGUUCAAAAAGAAGGUUUCAUCUUCCUCAAGACAAAAUUACAGGAAAUGUUGGAUGAAGGUCUUGUCAACUUGCUUCCCGAAAAUCUUGCCCACAAAUUCCUCUUCCUUGUCAAUACUAAUGUCAACAAUUUCAGCUCGGAUGAGUUGGAUCGUUUGAAGGAUUACUUUUUGAGAGCAACCAUUCCUUCACCAAAUACUUCCUCCAUCAUUACUACUACCACCAACAAUAAUGGUAGCAGCAGAGGUUCCUCCGCCAACAUUGUCUCCUCUCCUUCAAUGGCCCAUACCUCUGGUCAACAUUCUAUUAGUAUUCUUCCACAAAUUAUUAAAUCCUCCACAGCUAUCAAUUCUCUCAGGUAA